GUUUUGAUACAAGACAGCAGAGCGUUCCAUUUGCUAUCAGCCACUGGCAGGGUGGGCAACUUCCAGGCUCCUUCCACUUCUUCUACACAUGGAUUGAUAAUAUAUAUGGUUACCCACCAUUUCUGUCUUUGGAAAUAAGAAGCAAUAAGGAACACCACUUAAUACCAAUGGAAGAUGAAGUAUGAAGAGUCUUUUUUCUAGCUGCAGUCUUUGUUGGAUGAACUGUCUUUACCUGUGAUUUACCUGAAGCUGAAUCUUCUUAAGUCAAUUACUUUAAUUACUGACAGCAAGUAAAAGAAGAAAAAGUGGAAAAUAAAAGUUGUGGAAGUGAAUAUAAAGUACUAAAACCGUUUUUAGCAGUAUAGAAAAUAACUUUUUGAAUCCUGAAAGCUUAGACUUAGGCUCAGUCGAAACAAAUCAUGGCCGGUUCUGGAGGUGAAGUGGCUACAUUCUCAGUCUGGGAUUAUGUGGUGUUUGCUGGGAUCGUCCUGCUGGCUGCCGGCGUUGGGCUGUUUCAAGCCAUUCGGGGGCGUAAGGAGACCAGCAGUGCUGAGUUUUUGCUGGGGGGUCGUCAAAUGACCGCAGUGCCGGUUGCAAUGUCACUCACGGCAAGUUUCAUGUCAGGGAUAACGGUAAUCGGCACCCCAGCAGAGGCCUACAAGUUUGGCACACCGUUCUGGCUGUUUGCCUUCUCUUAUGCCAUCAUGUCCACCAUCAGCGCAGAGAUCUUUGUGCCCCUGUUCUACCGUCUGGGCAUCACGAGUACAUACGAGUAUUUGGAGAUGCGCUUCAACAAGCUCAUCCGAGUGAUAGGAACAACAAUGUAUAUUGUUCAGACCGCUUUGUACACAGGCAUGGUCAUAUAUGCUCCUGCUCUUGCCCUCAAUCAAAUCACUGGGCUGGACCUUUGGGGAGUGCUGGUGGCCACUGGGGCUGUCUGCAUCAUCUACUGCACUCUGGGAGGCCUGAAGGCAGUGAUAUGGACAGAUGUGUUCCAGAUGGUGAUUAUGCUGAGUGGGUUUGUGGCAGUCAUCACUCGGGGGGCCAUUCUCCAAGGAGGCUUAGGAAAAAUAUGGAACGACAGCUACAAUGGUGAACGCCUGAACACAUUUGAUUUUGAUACAGAUCCUCUGAGGCGUCACACGUUUUGGACCAUUGUUUUUGGAGGCAGUUUAAUGUGGGUGUCAAUGUAUGCCAUCAACCAAUCACAGGUGCAGCGCUAUAUCUCAUGUCGAACUAUGACUCAUGCCAAAAUGUCUCUGUAUGUUAAUAUGGUCGGGCUGUGGGUCACUGUGAGCCUGGCCAUGCUGUCUGGUCUUACCAUGUACUCCAUCUACAAAAACUGUGAUCCUUUCAUCAACAAUGAUGUUGGAUCUUCAGACCAGCUCCUUCCAUACUUGGUAAUGGACAUCCUAGCAGAAUUCCCAGGUGUUCCAGGCUUGUUUGUGGCAGCUGCAUACAGCGGGACACUGAGUACGGUGUCAUCCAGCAUUAAUGCUUUAGUGGCCGUCACAGUGGAGGACUUUGUGAAGCCUUUGUGGCCCACUAUGACAGAGAAACAGGCGUCCUGGCUUAAUAUGGGCAUGAGUGUAUUUUUUGGGGCUGUGUGCAUUGCAAUGGCAGCUGUUGCUUCCUUGAUGGGAAGUGUACUGCAGGCAGCCCUGUCCAUAUUCGGUAUGAUCAGCGGACCUCUUCUGGGCCUUUUCCUGAUGGGAAUGUUUUUCCGCUGCGCCAAUUCCACUGGAGGUCUGUCAGGUUUGAUCAUCGGCCUUAUACUAACACUGUGGGUGGGAAUUGGUGCUCAGGUGUACCCUCCACUACCUACCAAGACAAGACCACUUCCCCUUAGUGUAGCUGGAUGUGUCUCAGACAUAAACAUUACCACGACAGCGGCAGCAUGGACCAGCCCAGCCUUAGUGACAUCACAACCAAGCACUGAGAGACCAGCUCUUGCAGAUUCUUGGUAUUCUGUGUCCUAUCUGUACUUCUGUCCAAUUGGCACAUUGACAACCAUGAUCACUGGGCUAAUCAUUAGUGCCAUCACAGGUGGCUGUAAGCAGGAGAAGAUACGACCAGAGCUGUUGAUCAGUAAGCGAGAUCUCAUCUGCUUCGGCUGCAGUAGAAACGAUGAUGAGAAUCCUAAAUCAGAAUUAACAGAAAAGGUUGGAGGAGACCAUCUCUAUGGGCUGGACAACCCAUACUUCAUUGACAAAGAAUACAAACUGAAGGAAAAGGAAAUAGAUAAGAUAAGCAAGUUCUAAAGCAGUGGUAACCAACCCUUUAUCUGGAAAACUGGCAAGCCUAAACUCAAAACAACAACAUACAUACAUACACUCAUCUUCAAAGAAAUAGCUGCAAACAUAAUUGCACUCAGAAGGAAGUGUCAGAUUGUAAUGCAGAAGGAAGAUUAUGGUUACAGGAACAAUAAAUGAUUAAAAGUUGGGUUGGUGAACAAUUUAAAACAAAUCCUCAAUUGCCAUUACAAUUUGGCAUUCAUUCACAGUGUUGUAAAUAUAUUUUUGUGUUUUUCAUCAGAAAAAAAAUAGGCAGAUUCCUUUACUUUAAAAAUAAUAAUUACUCAACCAAAAUUAACAUCUUUUCCCCAAAUGUUGACAAUGUAAUUAUGCCAAGCUUAUUUAAAGUAGAUUAUUUAUGCAAAAAAGUGUAUUUAUUUUAAGUAAAGGCCCCAUGCACCAGUUUAUUUAAAAGCAUGUCAUCAUUUGUAAGCUUGAUUUUAAUGUUUAUAAUUAAAAAAAUCUUUGAAUUAAAA